AUGUUUCUUUUCAUAAUAAAGGCUAGCCACUUGGCACGUUUACGACAUCCAUCUAUUCUUGAGGUUGUUGAACCUGUUACAGAAUCCCGCUCUUCUAUUGCUUUUGCCACAGAGCCGCUUUAUGGUGCCUUGUCGCAUUUAGUAAAAAGCGCUGAUAAUUAUUCAUCGCAGUCAGAACAAGAGUUUGAAUUGGAUGAAUUAGAGAUACAGAAAGGGUUGCUACAGGUUGGAAAAGGUCUGCAGUUUCUGAGUGAUGCCAAGGUUGUUCAUCACAAUCUGACACCAGAUGCUGUAUUUGUUAAUUCCAAGGGUGACUGGAAGAUUGGAGGGUAUUAUCUUAUACUUCUCUGUUGGGAUUUGGCAUCUUUCUCAACAAUACAACGGAAUCUUCAGCAGAUGGCUAUGACUAUAAUGACGCCCGAAUAUGUAUUAAAUAACGAGAUAACUCAGGCCAAUGAUAUAUUCUCUCUGGGAUGUAUUGCUUAUGCUGUACACAACAAAGGAGUAUCGUUACUACAGACCUUUAACAAUAGGCGGACUUAUGAACGCAAAAUACAGGCGAUCGAAACAUUAGAUUUCAGUAAAAUGCCUCCACAUUUACAAGGAGUCAUCCGCCGUCUUUUAGCUCGGCAGCCUUCGCAACGUCUUACAAUUGAAGAGUUCCAAAAGUCGAAAUACUUUGAUAACUUAUUGGUUUCAACUAUGAAGUUUAUGGAGAGUUUUCCGGAAAAGACACGCGAAGAAAAGGCACAAUUUAUGAAGGGCUUGUCGCGUGUAUUGAGUCAGUUUCCUAAUCGAAUAUUAAAACGCAAGAUUCUUCCGUCUCUGAUAGAAGAGCUAAAAGACCAUCAGCUCUUACCAUAUACUGUGCCAAACAUUCUACUCAUUACUCAAGAGCUCACACAAGAAGAAUUUUGCAGCUUGGUACUGCCUUCCCUGAAACCUGUGUUUCUUAUUAGAGAUCCACCACAAAAUAUGAUUGUUCUCUUGGAAAAAUUAGAUGUAUUUCAACAAAAAACUCCAAGAGAAGUAUUUAGAGAUGAUGUUAUGCCUCUUUUGUACGCUUGUUUGGAGUCUCCUGCGCCUUCCGUACAAGAAAAAGCUUUACGAAUUGUACCUUCUUUAUGCGAAUCUCUCGAUUACACAACAAUCAAAAGUUCAUUAUUUCCCCGAGUCCAGGCUUUGUUUGUUCAGACAACUAUCUUGUCCGUAAAAGUCAGUACUCUGAUCUGCUUUCACGCCAUGAUAAAGACCAUCGACAAGUUCACUAUGCAAGAGAAACUGGUCCCAAUGCUCAAGAACAUAAAAACAAAGGAACCCGCAGUGAUGCUGGCAACUUUGGCAGUGUAUGAUGAAAUGGGAAAUCAUUUGGAUAAGGAAAUUGUUGCUACAGAGAUAUUGCCACAGCUGUGGAAAAUGAGUUUUGGACCGUUGCUUAAUGUUGACCAGUUUAAGAAAUUCAUGAAAACUAUCCGAGAGUUGACAACACGUGUUGAAGAGUCUCACACUAGACAUCUUCAAGAGGUCAAAUCCUUGGAAGAUCAGACU